AUGGGUAAAGGAGAGAAUGUGGACGGUAAAUUGCAAUCUGCAAGACAACAGAUGCCAAAGGACCGGUCAAAAGAUUAUGAAAUAAUAGUCCCCUACCUUUUGAAUGGAGAACAGUGGAGACCAAUAAAUGACUUUUAUUCAAAGAAUCACCCAGCGCUGCUGGAGUUUGUGAUAGAAGCUGAAAGUGAGCAUCUAGUCAUCAACCUGGAGCGAAAUGAGGGCCUGUUAGCCAGCAGCUUCACAGAAACACACUAUUUGAAAGAUGGCACUGAUGUGGUUCUCUCGCGCAAUUACACGGGUCACUGCUAUUACCACGGCAAUGUACGAGGGUACCCUGAUUCUUCAGUCAGUCUCAGUGCCUGCUCUGGACUCAGGGGAAUUAUCGUUUUUGAAAACAAAAGCUACAUUCUGGAGCCAUUAGAAGGUGCUGCAGGUGAACACAAGAUCUACCGAUCGGAGAACUUGAAAACUGCCCCAGGAUCUUGUGGCCACCAUUUGGACCUUUCUGCCAUGAGGGCUGAUGACACAUCACACCAUUCUCAAGCAUAUGCUGGCAGGUACAAGAGGGAGACGCUGAAGAUGACAAAAUAUGUGGAGCUUGUUAUUGUGGCAGAUAAUCGUGAGUUUCAGAGACAAGGCAAGGACGUAGAAAAAAUUAAGCAGAGGCUCAUAGAAAUUGCAAACUAUGUUGAUAAGUUCUAUAGGCCACUAAAUAUUCGAGUAGCCCUGGUCGGCGUGGAAGUAUGGAACGACAUGGAUAAGUGCUCUAUUUCUCAAGACCCUUUCACUAGCCUCCAUGAGUUUCUGGACUGGAGAAAGCUAAAACUACUACCUCGUAAACCCCACGACAAUGCACAGCUAAUAAGUGGGGUGUACUUCCAAGGAACUACCAUUGGCAUGGCGCCCAUAAUGAGCAUGUGCACUGCAGAGCAGUCUGGCGGGGUUGUCAUGGAUCAUUCGGAAAACCCUCUAGGUGCAGCAGUUACCCUGGCUCAUGAACUGGGUCACAAUUUUGGAAUGAAUCAUGAUACAUUGGAGAGGGGCUGCAACUGCAAAGCAUCUACAGAGAAAGGGGGUUGCAUCAUGAACCCCUCUACUGGCUAUCCAUUUCCCAUGGUAUUCAGUAGCUGCAGUAGAAAGGACCUGGAAAACAGCCUGGAAAAAGGAGUGGGAAUGUGUCUGUUUAACUUGCCUGAAGUCAAGGAGUCAUUUGGUGGACAGAAGUGUGGGAAUGGCUAUGUGGAAGACGGAGAGGAAUGUGACUGCGGAGAGCCGGACGAAUGUACCAACCAGUGCUGCAAUGCAACUACCUGUACUUUGAAACCAGGAGCAGUGUGUGCACAUGGACUUUGCUGUGAAGACUGCCAGUUGAAACCAGCGGGGAUUUCUUGCAGAGAGUCAAGUAAUUCCUGUGAUCUGCCAGAGUUCUGCACUGGAGCCAGCCCGCACUGCCCAGCUAACGUGUAUUUGCACGACGGACAUGCUUGCCACAGGGUGGAUGGCUACUGUUACAACGGCAUCUGCCAGACCCACGAGCAGCAGUGUAUCACGCUCUGGGGCCAAGGUGCGAAACCUGCUCCUGGGAUCUGUUUUGAGAGAGUCAAUUCUGCAGGAGAUCCUUACGGCAACUGUGGCAAAGACUCCAAGAGCUCCUUUGCUAAAUGUGAACCCAGAGACGCUAAAUGUGGAAAAAUUCAGUGUCAAGGGGGAGCAAAUCGACCUGUAAUUGGUACCAAUGCUGUUUCCAUAGAAACUAAUAUCCCCCUUCAGGAAGGUGGAAAGAUUCUGUGUCGUGGUACCCACGUGUACUUGGGGGAUGAUAUGCCAGAUCCUGGUCUUGUGCUGUCAGGAACCAAGUGCGCAGAUGGAAAAAUUUGUCUUAAUCGCCGAUGCCAGAAUACAAGUGUUUUUGGUGUGCAUAAAUGUGUCACAAAGUGCCAUGCCCGUGGAGUCUGCAACAAUAAAAAGAACUGUCACUGUGAAGCUGACUGGGCCCCCCCGUACUGUGACAAGCCAGGGUUUGGUGGCAGCAUGGACAGUGGACCAAUUAGGCAAGCAGAUAAUAAGAGUUUAACCAUAGGAGUGUUGAUAACGACUCUGUGCCUUAUUUUUGCUGGGUCAAUCAUGUAUCUGAAAAGGAAGACUUUCACAAGAUUGCUGUUUACAAGUAAAAAGACAACAAUAGAGAAACUAAGGUCUGUGAGUCCAGCAAGACCUUCCAGUUCAUCUGAGCCUAACCAUGUUCAUACCACAUCCCUCAGUAAAAAUCUGAUUGUGAAGCCACAAAAUACAAACAUACAAAAGAGAGACGGUCCGAGAAGAUCGCUGCCGUAUCAGAUCGUUGACAUUAGUAACCCUGUGAAGACACAGGAUUUACCACAACUAAAAACUCCACAGCGAGUCCUACCACCCCUUCCCCAGCUGCCAUGUCAUCCGACUGUGCCUGAAAGGCCCUUGCCAGCUAACCCUUCACUUAGGUUUGCCCAGGAAACCCACAAACCAAACCCGCCUCGGAAGCCUUUACCUGCAGAUCCUCUGAACAAAACCCGUAACAACAGUGCAUGCACACCAGGGCCUGGACAGACAAAAGCUCUGCCUCAAAUUACUCCAGUAAGACCUGCUCCUAAACAUCCCCCACUUGUACCCAGGUCCAGCAACACUGCUGAUGUGAAAUGAGGAGAAAAUCUGACACCUUUAUUUUUAAAAGUGAAGACAGAAGUUUGCACUAUCUUUAAACUCCAGCUGGAGUUCAUUUUUAUGAUAAUACUUAGAAUUUUUAAUGUUUAAAACAGCAUUAUUUUUAAGAAUUCUGAGCUACUGCCUUUGGUGCUGUGCUGUGCUAUGGUGCUCUGUAUACUUGCUCAGGUACUUGUAAAUUAUUAAUUUAUGUUGAAUAUUUAUUACAGUGCAGUGCACUGUAGUAGAUAUUUUUACCAUAGCUGAGUUUUCCUAAGAAGGAAGCCUUUUUUUGUAAUAUUCUAGUGAACUUGAAUAAUUCUGCUCUAUUGGUCCUAUGUAGAGUGUUUAGUUUUGAUCUGUUCUUUUUGGAGUACUGAUACUCAUGGAUAAAUCAAAUAUAUCAACACCUCCAUCUCAAUGGUUUAUAACAAACUUUUGAAUAAGUACAUCAGGGUGAAGCAUCUUUUCUGGAACACAGUGAAAUGCCCGAUAUCUGCACACAGAUGUAUUUAAAUACACAUGUGUAUUUAACCAGAGUAACACUCGGUGUUAUCAGUUGUACUGUAAUUUCAAUUUUCAUGUUACUGUUGGAAAUUGUCAAGAAAUUUGUGCUGAAGGAGGAUGUAUUCAUUUUUGACAAGUUCUCUCACUGAAGAAGUACUGUAUAUCAUAAAACUGUUUUGUAACCUCAUUUUCCUCAAACACAGUAUGGUUAGUACAUAUUCAUGCAGAUAUCAGGCCUUCCGGUGUCACUUCAUUUUUGAUGCAUUGGUAAUUAAAAUCAGUCUAUACUAUGUAAGGCUAUGCCACCUCACUGUGUUGUACAUCUAUACUUUUUAGACAACACUACGUUACACAUAAGGGAAGGGGGAAAGCUAAGCAUUACAAAGAAUUACGUUUUUAAAAUCAACUAUUAUUUCUUGUGCCUCAUUGCUCUGCUUGUCAACUGUAUUUUGCAUAUUUACUACUGUUUUGUAUUUAACUUCUCAAAUAUUGUUCUGGGUUUCUUACGUUUUCAAAUCAAAAUAUAUACUUUAGCACACGGACUUUGGAUAUUCUAAGACGGAGAAAAAAAAAUCUCCAUCUCUCUUUACUUUAUACAUUACAUCUGGUUUCUUCUGUACCUUCUCAGUAGCACUGCUGAAUAAAGUUGUUUCAUAUAUGCUGUAAUAAAACAAUUUUCAAAUAUCGAUUAAAAUAGAGGGAUCAGGAACUAUUACCUUACAUAGGUUAGUUUCCUACUUGUUUGUAGUUUUUUUCUUUAAGCAAAAAUAAAAGCAUUGAUAGAAACUUGGAUCUCAUAUCAGUAAUUGUAAUUGUAUUUAGUUUUCCUAGCAAUAUAACAGUCAUGUUUAUGGAUAAAGUAAAUAAACCAAAAUAAACCAUAGGUUAGUUUGU